ACGAUCCAUUGAUCUCUGAUAGAUCACCUUCGUCCAUAAAACCGCAGCCAGAUGAACCACAGACCACCGGAAAACACCUACUGUGAUCGAUAUCAUACUUUCAGGCCAAAGACUCCACCUUUUUCCGGCUAAGAUCACAGUUUCCGGCCAAACUCUUGCCGCUGAUUGAGAUGGAAUCAGGAACUUGGAGGCUGCUUUUGUCUAUGGUACCACUGCUUUUGUAUUUGCUAUUCAUCGUCUACUUCGAUUACAACUCUCCAAAGCCUACAACAAGUGGCUGCAGUCUUUUUCCUCAUGAUCAUUACUGGAUUACUAGCAAACGCAUUGUGACACCCCAUGAGAUCAUUUCUGGUGCAGUUGAGAUUAAUGGAGGAAGCAUCAUAUCUUUGGUUAAAGAAAAGGAUUGGCAAGGACAAGUCAAGAAUGAACCAGUGAUUGAUUAUGGAGAAGCUGUUUUGAUGCCUGGUUUAAUUGAUGUGCAUGCACAUCUUGAUGAUCCAGGAAGGGCAGAAUGGGAAGGAUUUCCUUCAGGAACCAAGGCUGCUGCUGCUGGUGGAAUAACAACAUUGAUAGAUAUGCCUCUUAAUAACUUUCCAUCUACUGUUUCUGAGGAAACCUUAAAACUUAAGAAAGAGGCUGCAAAAGGAAGGAUUUAUGUUAAUGUUGGGUUUUGGGGAGGUCUAGUACCCGAAAAUGCAUUUAAUGCAAGUAUUCUAGAAGGUCUCCUAAACGCCGGUGCUCUUGGUCUCAAGUCUUUCAUGUGUCCUUCAGGAAUUAACGACUUCCCCAUGACAGAUGCUACCCAUAUCAAGGAAGGGCUAUCUGUAUUGGCCAAGUACAAGAGACCUUUGCUUGUCCAUGCUGAAAAACAGCAAGAAUUGGAACUGACAGAUGGUGGUGAUGAUCCGAGAUCCUAUUCUACAUAUCUUAAAACCCGACCCGCCUCAUGGGAAGAGACGGCCAUUAGAGAGUUGCUGACAGUAGCGAAAGACACUAGAAUCGGUGGUCCAGCUGAAGGAGCUCACGUUCACAUUGUUCAUCUCUCCGAUUCGCGAUCCUCUCUGGAAUUGAUCAAAGAAGCAAAAAACAAUGGUGAUAGCGUAACUGUUGAAACUUGCCCGCAUUACUUAGCCUUUUCUGCAGAAAAGAUCCCAGAUGGCGAUACUCGUUUCAAGUGCUCACCACCCAUUCGCGAUGCAUCCAACAAAGAAAAACUCUGGGAGGCUUUGAUGGGCGGAGAUAUCGACAUGUUAAGCUCUGAUCAUUCACCAUCUGCACCGGAGCUUAAACUAUUUGAGGAAGGCGACUUUUUGAGGGCGUGGGGAGGUAUAUCUUCGUUACAGUUUGUUCUUCCUGUUACAUGGUCCUAUGGACUUAGAUAUGGUGUCACUUUAGAGAAAUUAGUUUCAUGGUGGAGUGAGAAGCCUGCUAAACUUGCUGGCCAAGAUCUAAAGGGGGAGAUCGCAAUCGGGAAGCAUGCGGAUAUUGUGGUUUGGGAACCGGAAAAGGAGUUUGACCUUGAUGAAAAUCAUACCGUACAUGUGAAACAUCCGAGCAUAUCGGCAUACAUGGGUUCAAGACUCGCUGGAAAAGUUCUGGCAACUUUUGUUAACGGAAACUUAGUGUUUGAUGACGGAAAACACGCUCCCGAUGCAUGCGGUACAACUAUCCUAGCAUGAUUGAUGGUGAAACUUGCCGGAAAUUUUUGGGGGAGAUUUAUAUAAUUCAUGUGUAUACGUAAGUGUGUUACUUAUAGUUGAAGGUUAGUGCUUAUAAUGUGCAUUGUGUAGGAACCAGAACACAAAAAUACAAAAUAAUCGAACCGAAAACUAGAUAUUGAUUGCACACUAGCGAAAAAUUGAAUCAUAAGUACGUUAUUUAAAAACUUUCUAUAAAAAUGAAUAUAAGCUGUUCAGAUUUAA